GUAGGAAGUACCUCUGUAAAUCAUGAAUAUCAAAUCCAUGCCCCUUUGAGGCAAAAACGCGAAGCAACUUCUCUUCAGGAAUAUGUUAUCGAUAUUGAGGUGUUUGUCACUAUUCCUGAUGAAUCCUAUCUAGAUGGACUGAAACAAUUCUUGAAGAAAAUACCAUAUCCUCUUAAUGUUGAACAAAAUGUUAAUGUUACAGAUGGGGUCCUUACAACAACUUGCACUCAAAAUGGUGAAUACACACAGUGCGAGUGUGAAAAAGAUUAUGCCUGGUCUUCUACAAUCUGCAACAAAUACAGAUCUUGCUCAGGAGAAUAUGCUAUCACCUGUGAUUGCAUCCAAGUGGCUUCACCAGAUGGACUCUAUUGCCUGGCAAAAUCUUUUUUUGUUCUAAAAAUGAGUUUUUCGAUGGAUAAAGAAUUUGUACCUGCUCUAAAUAAUAUAUCAUCCCCGGAAUAUAACCAGUACAAAAGUGACAUUGAAGAGGCAAUAAUUCAGAGUUAUUCUGGAACUGUAAUGGGUAUUCAGACAGUAGCAGUCACAGGUUUCAGAAGCGGCAGUGUUAUUGUAGACUAUGAGAUAGCAACAACUGGGACAUUAUCAUCCUCCAUCUUGCAGGCAGGAAACAACAAAAUAACAUCAUCUCUUCUUGAGAAAGGCUAUAACGUUAACGCAGCAUCUUUUACCGGAUUUCAAGGGUUAUGUAAUAACUCGGACUACGGUGUUGGACAGGACCUUGACAUAAUUAAAACAGCAUGCCCAGCACAACAGAUUGGAAAUAUCAAUGUACAAUGCAAAAAUGGGGAAUGGUGUAUCAUAGAGAACACAUGUGUAUUAAAAGAAAUCAAUAACAUUCUGUCUAACGCUCAGAAUCUGACAAACAGCCCAGAACCAGUAACUGAGCUACCCAUCUUAAUUGAACAGCUAAAUAAUACUUCAACAGUGUUUAAAAACAAUAUAACUUCAUCAGCUGCAACCAUUUCCUCAGUGGUUGAUAUAUUGACAAUCUUUUCAAACACUGCUAAAAAUGUCACCAUUACUGAGGCUGAAUUGGGGGGAUUUAUUGGAACAGUGAACAAUAUAAUAGGAUCGGAAUCAAUAAAAUCCUGGGAUGCCUUAAAUAAUCAAAAUGCUGAUAGUACCAGCUCUCGUUUAUUGCAGUCAGUGGAACUUUUCGCUACGUCAUUCUCUACAAAUUCUUUUUUCAAACUAGAAACAAACAACAUUAAAUUGAAUGCGAUUAAAAUAACUAACAAUGACAUUGCAUACAAUGAGAGCUUUAAAUUUAAUAAUACAGUCCAUGGUAGUGUAUCUAUUCCUUCAUCAGAACUAAGCACUCUUCCUGUUAUCGUUAGCAUUGCUUACUUAAACAUUUCAGACAUCCUCCCACUCAGAAACAACACAACAAAAGGAAAAGUAAAUGGCAUUGUGUUGACGACAGUAGUGAAUAGCGUAAUUAAAAAGGUUUCCUUGGACUUUGAAAUGAAAAACACUUUUUUGGAUAAACCUGAGUGUGUCUUUUGGAACUUCACUCUCUUCAACAACACAGGAUCAUGGGAUACGUCUGGCUGUACAUCAGUGAUAUUGGGAAACAACGUUCGCUGUCAAUGUGAACACUUGACUUCCUUCUCAAUCUUAAUGUCACCCAAAGACCCGUGUAAAAUAUGUACUUACAUUACUUAUAUCGGAUUGGGCAUCUCCAUAGGAAGCUUAGUCUUGUGCCUCCUUAUUGAAGCAAUUGUAUGGCACAGUGUGAACAAAAAUAAAACCUCUUACAUUCGACACGUUUCAAUUGUGAACCUCGCUUUAUCUUUGUUGAUCGCUGAUAUAUGGUUCAUCAUAGGGGCUGCGAUUAAUGCAAACACAGCAGCCUGCAGUGCAGCCACUUUUUUUACUCACUUUUUCUACCUGGCCUUAUUCUUCUGGAUGUUAACUUUAGCUAUUCUGCUUUUCUUCCGAGUAAUCCUGGUCUUCAAAGACCUAGGCAAGUCACAAAUGCUGGCAAUUGCAUUCUGCCUUGGCUAUGGCUGCCCACUUAUUAUUGCUGUUAUCUCGGUAGCUGUUACUGCCCCUAAGAGUAAUUACACAAGAACAGAUGCAUGUUGGCUCAACUGGGAUAACACCAUGGUCCUUCUUGCUUUUGUUAUACCUGCCCUGGUCAUAAUUACCAUCAAUUUGAUCAUACUGAUUGUGGUAAUUGUCAAGAUGCUAAGAAGAACUAUUGGAGACAUGUCUAGGGCUGAAGAAACAAGCACCUUAAAAGUAGUUGCUAGAUGCAUCGCCAUCUUAACACCAUUUCUUGGUCUUACCUGGGGAUUUGGAAUUGGAACAUUGCUUGCACCUGACAACGAGGGAAUCCAUGUUGUGUUCACAGUGCUCAAUGCAUUUCAGGGAUUCUUUGUUCUAGUCUUUGGAACCCUAUUGGACAGUAAGAUACGAGAUGCACUGCUGAAGAAAUUUUCGAUAUCAAAAUACAGCUCUCAACAAACAAGUACAACUGGUGGUAUUUCGAGUGAUAGAUAUAAUAUCUUUGGCAAAAAAAGUAAGUAUAAAAAAUGAAAGAAACCUGUUUUAGUUACACCCACAAAGAAAGAAAUGUAAUGAUUUUAAAACGAGUUAUGGGGAAUGCUGAAGAUUUGUAUAAUUUAUUCAAUACUAUAAAACAUCAUGAAACAUGAUAAUGAUGUAUGUAUGUAUUUAUUUAUUUAUUUAUCUUUGUUUAUUCACUCUUGUAAUGGACUCUCUGAUAGCUGAGUUGAGUAGUCAAAUUCCAGAUACGUAUGUCAGCUCAAAUGAUGGCCUCCAGUCAGCAACCUAUUAAUUCCGACCUCUACAGUUGAAGUUUUUUUUUUCUUGUUUACCAGGCUGGUACUUCAGACCAGUUAGAUGUUUUUAAUUGCAUUCUAACUUGCCUGAUAUGAUUGUAUUGUAUUGUAUCCCCACUCAUUCACUCACUCCCCCUUCCCGUGCUAAGUAACGAUGUGACCCGACAGACAAGACAAACUGAACAGACAAGUCCUGCAACAAAGCAAAAAUAUACAAAAGCAUGACAACCUUUAUGUAAAAAAAUCUUCACUAAUUUACAAUUGAACAAGAACUGUUGAGUAUUUAUUUUUGUUUCAUACAGUAUUAAAUGGCAGUCUUUAGAUCUGAUAGUGAAAAAGAAAUACAUAAAUAUCAAGGUAGAUAAAGAAAGAAAUACAUGUCUAUGUAUUGAUUUAUUUCAAUAUUUACUAAUGUAUUUAUGUUUCACUUUUACCAAAAAUAUAGGCUCUGACGUCAGCAUAGCUAAUUCUCAGAAAUUAACAUUCCUUUUUGUCCAGUGGGGACCACAAAUAGUGUUACUCUCAUCAACCAGUAUCGAGAGGAAACCGUACUUCCUUGUGCCAACAGGGACCACAAUGUGCGUUACACUGACAAGAAACCAACAUUUUUCAGAGAUUAAGAUCAGAAUCUCAGAAUGAUGAGAUGACUCGAAAAGAAAAGAAAAAAAAUCCCCCAAAAAUCUCCAAAAUGUAAAAAAUAAGUGUCAAGUAAUUCUCAGCUGGCUGACUUCAUCUUUCAAAAUACUGCUUAUUUUCUCAACUAAUAGUGUAACACUGACAGUAACACAACACGUUUGCAAACAGAAGGUUAUAGUUUCAAAUCCCACACAUGCAAGACACUUUUUAAUAUUUAUAUUUUAAAACAGAAAUACAUCAUUUAAUAUAAAUGAAAUAUAUUUACAUGUUGACAAAACAAGUUAAUUGUCAUUAAACUCGGAUGUCCUGUAAUAUACAUAUGCAUGGAUAGAAUUCCAUGGGGUCUUCAAAAAAGUUCUUUUUAAUUAAUUUUCUGUGUGAUGUGUGCUAUUAGUCCAUUUUAAAAUAUAAAUAAAUCAUUUAAUAUAAAUGAUACAGACAUCAAAAUAAAUGCAUUCCCUAGUAUAUUUCCAUGUUGACAAAACAAGUUAUCAGCGAGAACUGCUAGAGACACUCUAUACAGCAAGGAUAGUUUACGUGUUUUCAGGGUAUUGGCGCAGCAAAAGUAAAUCAGCCAAAAGCACCAUUUCACUUUUAAUUUGUAGUUCCCAACACUCUUAGGUGAAAUGUAGAAAAAAAGUCAAUACCUGUCAUACAGUAAGAGAAAUAAAAAGUAAGUAAGGUAAACCCAAAGUAAGGUAAACCCAGGCACUUUUGUCUACACAUAUAUGACAAUGGACCGGAUCAAAUCAAACCCCAAUCACUCUUGCGAAAGAGUGUUCAUGCGAUAAUAUCACUAGUUUCCAUAUUACAUUUUCUUUAUCCCGAAACCAAAACUAGCCAUUUCCAAUCCACGAAAGGGGCGGAGAGAAGUUUCGCAGGAGUAGGAAGGACCGCCGAAAGCAACAUGAAAAUAGCUGUUGACCAAUCCCCAGACGGUAUUUGUGACCUUUUGAAGGGUGGUAACAAGCGAAAGGGCAGGAAAAAAAUUAAAUAAAAAUCUGUGUUGUACUACUGUUUCUUUUGAAUAUCAGUGAAUGCUAUUACAUACAACAACUACUACUAUUUGUAAUAUUAAUAAAAAUAUGUUUAAUAAUAAUAGUAACACACACACACACACUUGGCAAUUACCUUGUUUCCACGAUGUCUGCAGCUUCACGUUGCAUUGUUCUGUCACUGUUAUAAAAGUGAGCCACGUUGUUUUCAUGAUUUUGGUAAAAAUCUGUACCAUGCCCUGGCUUGUGUCAGCACCAUGCAAUGCCAGCAUCCUCAUACCUGACUGGCAUGGUACAGCCCUGUUGUGCACAAGGCUGUAUAGUAGGCUAUAACUGCACAAGAACGAAGAUUAAAUGUCAAAAGAAAAUGGCGGAUAACAAAGAAAGUGUGAGAGUAUAAAAACUUGAGGUGAAUAGAACAUCCAAAAACCAACGUAACACUGUCGCCAGGAUCAGUACCGGUACAGUGCCUAUAGAAAGUCUACACCCCCUUGAACUUUUUUCACAUUUUGUUGUGUCAGUGCCUCAGAGUUUCAUGCAUUUAAAUGAGGAUGUUUUCCACUUAUCUACACACCAUACUCCACACUGUUAAGGGGAAAAAAGGUUGUAUUGAGAAAGAUUAUAUUUUUAAAAAUUUUUACCGUGCUCCAAGGGAUAUUCAUGGCCUUUGAUAUUUUUUUAUACCCAUCCCCUGAUCUGUGCCUUUCAACAACUUUGUCCCCGGAGUUCUUUUGAAAGCUCCUUGGUGCUUAUGGUUGAGUCUUUGCUUUGAAAUGCACUACCCAGCACAGGGAACCUUCAGGAACUGCUGAAUUUAUCCUGAAAUCAUGUGAAUCACUACAAUUUAACACAGGUGGAGGCCACUUAACUUGGUGUGUGAUUUUGAAGGCGAUUGGUUACACCUGAGCUAAUUUAGGAUUGCCAUUACAAGGGGGGUGGACACUUAUCCAACCAAGCUAUUUCAGUUUUUAUUUUUAAUUAAUAUUCUACAAAUUUCUAGAAUAUUUUUUUCACUUGGAAGUUGUGGGGUAGGAUGUGUAGAUCAAUGAAAAAAAACAAACAUUUUAAUGCAUUUUAAUUCCAGGCUAUAAGGCAACAAAAGGUGAACAUUUUGAAAGGGGUGUAGACUUUCUAUAGGCACUGUACAUAUUAUACAAUAAGACGUUGAAUGAAAUGCUGUCCAGUGCCAUGAAAAAGAAAUAGAUGAUUGCGGAUUUUUAAAUUUUUUUAAAUGGACAGAUUCGGGUAUUUGUAUUUUAUUUUAUUAUUUUAGAUUUGGUCAGACAAUAGCAAACCACUCACCUUUCUCAACCCACUAGUAGUCAACAAGUAAUAGCUGCUUUUUGAAGGGUGAAAAGGACUUGUUUUGGUUCCGCAAGAUUUUGCUUGGAAUUGUUCUUGUGUUUUAUUACCACAAAUGCUUUUGCAUCCUAGUUCGCUAAGUGCUAACUUUGAUUUGGUCUGGCCCAGUGUCCUGUAAUAUACAUAUGCAUGGAUAAAAGUGCCUGGGGUCUGCAAAAAUCUGCAAAUAAAACAAAAUAAAGAAGGACAUUUUUACCUUACUUUGGCGACUUCGUUCUCUUACUGUAUGAGAGGUAUUGACCUUUUUUCUACAUUUCACCUAAGAGUGUUGGGAACUACAAAUUAAAAGUGAAAUGGUGCUUUUGGCUGAUUUACUUUUGCUGCACCAAUACCCUAAAAACAUGUAAACUAUCCUUGCUGUAUAGAGAGUCUCUGGCAGUUCUCGCUGAUAACUUGGCGCGAUUAACUACCGUUCCUCUCAAUAUUGGACACAUCCCUAUUUUACACAGUAUUUGAAGUGCUGUUAGAAUUCUCUUUUUUUGCAUUCCUGUGAAGGUUGAUUUUGUGGAAUGAGACUCCAUCUUGGUUUUCUGAAGACAUAAAUCAUAUACAGUAAACGCAUCCUUAUUGGACUUACUGGGUGUUGGUGUCAUAGACCUUCCACCUGCUCUCCUACACUUUGUCUGUCUGUUCUGCUUGCUGCCAUAGAUGUUGUCCUGUGUGGUGGUUCCCUUUCAAUUCAAGACGACCACCCAUACUUAUGGGAUAAUCCUGCCUUAGGUAGGUAUUCACUGAGCAUUUUAUGUCAGAGC